AUGGAGGACAUCGAAAUGGAGUCAAAGAAGAAAAAGGGAGAUGCUAACCAAGUAGAAAAGAGCCAGUUAAGGAGUAGCAGGCUCAUCCUAAUUGUGCUAGGGGUUAUGAUUCUGGCCUUGUCAGUGGGAGUGAUUCUCCUGGGUUACUCUCUCUACUCAGAGAGUACUGAGGGGAAGCCAAAGCUCUGCCUGACUGAUGAAUGCAUCGCGUCAGCCGACAGGAUUGUUUCCUCCAUGAACACGAGUGUUGACCCUUGCGACAAUUUCUACGAGUUUGCUUGUGGCGGUUACGUCGACACUAACUCGAAUUAUGGAAAUGGAUUUGUAAACCGCUUUAAUGAGCUAGGAGACCUUACAUCUUAUCGAGUCUUACGUAUUUUCGACGAAGGAAUUAUUCCGUCAAUGCCUGAGACAGUUAAGCAAGCGAUAGAAUACUACGAAAAAUGCAUUGACGAGGACACACGGAAUAAAAUUGGAGUGGAGCCAAUGUUGAAGCAUAUCGAAUCUCUCGGCCUGCCCAGAGUCCCUAUUCAGGACGGCACCGCAAUCGAACCUUCUCCCUGGCCCCAGCUUGAGGGAAAUGGAGUGGAUGCCAGGCGUGCAGCUAAGGAGCUGAAUGAUUUAGACCAUAGGCUGCAAACGGCGAGAUUGGUUUAUCCCUCCGAAAUGAAUGAAAAGUUGAUGACUGUCGCUGAACUUCAGGCUCAGUCAGAUGUAAACGUUACCAGCAAUGAUCCAAACCGGUUCGACUGGUCAGAAUUCCUGACAAGCUACUUGGAAGAAUCGGUAUUGAAAUUCGAUAUUAAGAAAGAUAAAAUCCUCGUGAAAAAUCCACAAGUUAUCAAAGACACUUUCGAAGUUUUGUACAACACUCCUCCCGAGACCAUAGAACUCUACACGUGGUUCUACUAUUUCUAUUCAAUGGCGCCGUUCACCACGCCAGACUUGUAUGAAGCGUACGUCGCAACAGACAUUUACGCUAAACUAUUCGGUGGACCACCAAGAAACCUGAAGAAAAGAUGCAGCUACUUUGCCCGCGGCCUUUUCCACAACGCCAUCAGCCACGAAUACCUCGAAAGAUAUUUUGAUAAAGAAAGAAAGGAAAAGACGGAGGUGAUGGUGCAUGACAUUCACGAUGCGUUUACCCAGCUGAUCAAAGGUCUCGACUGGAUGGACGAAAAAACAAAAACAUUCGCCCUGGAAAAGGUUGAUGCUGUCAAGCCGAAUAUUGGAUAUCCGAAAUGGUUCUUUGUUCCUGGAGCUCUGGACGAACGAAACUUCUUUAUUAAGGAUGUCAGAGGAGACUGGCUGACGAUGAACAUCAAUAAAUUUGUAGUUGCCUUCAAAAAACACGAUCCCUACAAAUUCAAAAACGAUACAAAUUGGCUUGGCAUGUCUAAAAUUGAAAUAAAUGCUUUUUAUGUUCCCCAACUUGUCGCCGUUUACUUUCCUGCUGGAAUCCUACAAGCACCAUUCGCCGGAAACGGACUUGCAUCUCUGAAUUACGGUGCGAUUGGAGCGGUCAUUGGUCACGAAUUUACGCACGGUUUCGACAAUAAAGGGCAUAAAUAUGAUAAGAAUGGUGAAAAAAACAAUUGGUGGUCGAAAGAAACUAAAGAAAACUUCGAUGAACGCGUCCAGUGCAUGAUCGACCAAUACAGCAAAUUCCACAUCCCUGAACUUGGACCCGACGUGAAGCUUGACGGCAAAAAAACCGCUAAUGAAAACAUCGCAGACAACGGAGGCAUGCGUGAAGCUCUAAUCGCCUACGAUCUGUUCAAGUCACGCCAGGUUGGCAAUGAAAAAAAGGGCACUGAAAAGCUCCACGACCUUCAGCCUGACCUGCCAGGUCUCGCCAACUACACGCACAAACAACUUUUCUUCCUCGGCUUUGCAAAUAUGUGGUGUCAAAACCCAUCGCCAGCUGUUUUGAACAUUUUAUUAAAAUGGGACGUGCACAGCCCUGGUCGUGAAAGGGUCCUGGGCACUCUUUCCAACACCAAGGAGUUUGCCGACGCGUGGAAUUGUCCUGCAGGUUCGAAAAUGAACCCUGAAGACAAAUGCGUUGUUUGGUAA